UGAUCAUGAUUACUUUAAUUGGACUAGCCCAAAAAUCUAUCCAAAUUUUACUGCAAAUGAGAAACUACAGAAUAUCCAAAUGGAUUUCCACUGUUGUGGCAACAAUGGUGUAGUUGACUUUAACCAACCUGAUCCAUUAAAUUCUACUAUGCUCACAUUGCCAGCAUCGUGUUGCGGGCAAUGGACAAGCGACGACUCAUGGAAAAAGGAGUGCAAUAUAACGGAUAUUGUAUAUGAACAAGGCUGUAUAGGGAAACUUAAAUCAGUCUUAAUAAACUACCUUGUAACUAUUAGUCUGAUUUCAAUAUUUAUGUUAUUGGUCGAGAUUUCACCUAUCAUUUAUAAUCGAUGGAAACCCGAUUGGAAUGAUUUGUACUAUGAAAAAUUCUUUAAGUUUAAUUGCGAGCUUAGUACAAAAGAUACAACUGAUCAUGAUAGAAUUAAUGAUUUUACCGGUACAGACAACAAUGAUGAUGAACAAACUAUUGAUCAACGAAAUCAACAAGAUGAAAUUUUAGCUGAAAAUUACGAGAUUGAUGAGGGCAAUGAUGAUAUUAGAAAGUCAAAAGUACUAGAGGCUAUGAUUGGUGAAGGGGCAUUUGGUACAGUAUUCAGGGGAAAAGAACUUGCAACAGGGACAAUGUUUGCCGUAAAACAGAUUGAUACUAAAGGUUUAAGUAAUAAGGAAAAGGAAAGUCUAGAACGAGAAAUAAAGACCCUGCUCAUUGUCAACUCUCAGUUUGUUGUCCAGUACUUUGACUAUUGGCACGAAUUCGACUGUUUAUACAUUCAAAUGGAGUUGUGUUCCGAUAGUCUGCGGGAUAUUUUGCAACUCAAGCUUCAGUUAUUUAACCGCCAAAUGGGACUCCCUUUGAAUGAAUACGAGUACAUUAUUUCGUGCGAAUUGUUUCGUCAGAUCUUAGAAUGUGUUCAGUAUUUGCAUGAAUUGAAUCCACAGAUCAUUCACAGAGACCUCAAACCCGACAAUAUUCUGGUCGCUAGGAAAGUAAGGAAUGGUCGAUUUAUUAAACUAGCUGAUUUCGGUUUGGCUACUAUACACGAUAGUAAUAUUCAUAAUACUCUGAAUAAGCACACGGCCCAAGUGGGAGACCUGAGAUUUAUGGCGCCUGAGAUUAUGCAGGGUAUAAAAUAUAAUCAUAAAUCGGAUAUUUAUAGUUUGGCUCUGAUUGGUGGCGAGAUAUUUGAUUUGAAUUUAUCUGGCGAAUUAGAUAGUUUGGAACACUACGCGGGUGACACUUUUGACCAUUGUAGGGAUAGAAUAAUGUCGAAAGUGUAUGUUAAGUUGCCUAAGUUGGAACCCGGGAUAUUAUGGUUGAUUCCCAUAGACCUUUUAACCCUGAGGCCGAAUAUGUAA